CCUGGUACUUUUAGCAAAUUGCUUUUGAUAUACUAUAUAUUGGGACUAACUAAGGCCCAAAUCUGAACCGUCCAGCUGUCCCUGCCAUAAUGUGCUUUUGCUACUUACUUUUUCUAGCAGGAGCUGUUACCACAGGUUAAUCAAUCUCCCCAGCAAUGACAAUCAGUCAAAAUAAGCCAUUAGGUCUUGGUGACAUCACAGAUUGACUCUUGUUGGGAAGAGUUGCAGAUUGUUAGCAGUCUCUUGGGGGAAAAGGUUACAGAUGAAUGUUAAUGCCAUCCGGAUCUUAAUUCAAGAAUGAAGGUGUUGUGGAUUAUAUGUCAGCUGAUUGGAAGCAUCACCUGCUACCCUGUGGGGAAGGAAUAUGGUGCAAACAGUGCUGACACAAGCUUAAUGUGGCAGCCAUUUUCUUCUGGGUACUGGUUAAGUGGAAUGGGUAUGAGAGCAGGCCCAGGCAGCAUCUCCCCUCUAUCCCUUCUACCCAACUUAGCUGCUGCCAGCGCUAUCAAACUUCCUGCUCCUCAAGAUGCCAUUUCCACAGCUCACAGCCCUGAGUUCAAUGAAAAUGGUGCUUAUCCAGGCUAUGGGUAUGACAUCGGUACUCCAGGUUUUGGCUUCAGUAGUUCAGACCGUGCUCCUGUAGGGGACAGCUGGAGCUCUGGAUCUGCUAAUGCCUAUGAGGCUGGUGACCAUAGCCCUGAGUCAGUCUUCAGUGAUGUGUCAGAUCUGGAGCAACUCGACUACCUUAACUCUCAUUCAAGCUACAAGCGUGGAAGGAGAGUUCUUGCUCAAAUGCGCUUCACCCCAGAAGAACCUGUAAUCAAAAUCCCACCAGUACCCACACACAUCAGGAAAACUCCUAAGCACAGUGGUCAUGUUAAAGCCCCGACCAAAGGUGUCUUGUAAAGACCAUUCUGGUUCACAUGGUUUGAUGCUUCUCAUUGCUUUCCCAGAUGCCAAUAAACUGGAUUUGUAAAGUCUU